AUGAACAACACCCCAGGAGAUGCGAGGGAUGCUCCUGCCCCAAGUCACCGGCAGUGUCUCCUCCCGGCUGUGGCUCACACUCCCUCUGUCGCCGAGGUGACACCAGCUAAGAAGAUAACCUUCCUCAAGCGGGGGGAUCCCCAAUUUGCUGGGGUUCGCCUGGCUGUUCACCAGCGUACGUUCAAGACCUUCAGCGCCCUAAUGGAUGAGCUGUCUCAGCGAAUGCCUCUUUCCUUCGGGGUGCGCUCUGUCACCACCCCCCGGGGCUUGCAUGGCCUCAGUGACCUGGAGCAGCUGCAAGAUGGGGGCUGCUACCUCUGCUCCGAUAAGAAGCCCCCUAAAACUCCCCGAGAGCCAGGCCGGCUGCAGAGGAAAAGCCCCUCUGCUGGACAGUCACGGGGGUUUGAAGGUGGGCAUGAAGCUCCUGAAACAUCCUCUUCCUGGAAGGGUCUCAAGGCCCCAAGGCAGCUGACGCUGGUGAAGAAUGGGGAUCCUAGGUGCCAGCAGACAGUGGUUGUCAGUCACAGGAACACCAGGAGCCUGAAGGCCUUCUUCAGCAAAGCCUCUGAGCUCCUGCGCUUUCCGGUGAAGCAGGUGUACACAAUCAGCGGGAAGAAGGUGGACUCUCUGCGGACACUUCUGGAUGGUCCCUCCCUUCUAGUGUGUGCUGGGAACGAGGCCUUCAGACAUCUGGAGAUGGAAAAUGUUGGAGGGACCAGGACCAGAACCUUAUCUGGUGUGACUGCCAGGAGUGGACGUGGUUGCUGGGGACCAAAUGCCCAGCAGAGUGUGAUGCACUCAAGGGCCAGGUCUGGCAGCAGGCCGCAGCAGUUCUCCUUGAUGCCAGAGAGAUCUGGUCUCAGUGAUCGUCCGGCACCGGGUCAUCAAGCCUGGGCAGGGCCUGCUUUGCACAGGUGCCCUCAGGACACACCUGCCCCACCUGGCUCUUUGGUGGCUGCUGAUGACGUGGAGAAGAAGGUCUGCAUGAAUGAGGAUGGCAGCUUGUCUGUGGAGAUGAAAGUCCGCUUCCAACUUCUGGGCGAGGAUACCCUGCGGUGGCCGCAGAGGGUGGGGCAUGCCAGUGUCUUCUCCCCGGCCAGUGGGGAGGGCCAGGUCCUGAGGGAGGCUGAUCCCUUCUGCUGUAGACAGGAAGGCCACCCCUGGGGGUUCUUGGCACAUGGGGCACAGGGACUGGGUCCCUAUGAUGGAGAAUACCAGGGAGUCUUUGAUUUGGACCAGGAAUCACAGCCUAACUAUGACAUUUGGAGGAACCCCCUGACCACCCCUGGUGGUGCAGGUCCAACUCGGAGGAGGAGGUGGGGCCUGUCUAAGCUCUCUGGAUGCAGGAGCCACUGCAGCCAGGGGACCAAUGAUAGGAAAGGACGCGGCAACUAUAGUACCAGCCCAGUCUCAAGUCCCAGGCACCCUAGAAGGUGCUCUUGCUGUCCCUGGAGUCCAGAAGGUGAGACAGACAGUGACACCUUGCAUCCAGUCUCCUCAGCUUCUUCCCCAAGUGGGGCUGAGCUAGAAGCUGGGAAAGGCCCCUGCCUAGAGGACACAGGACCUUGUGGCUUGGGACCUGAAACCCAAGGUAUAGAAAGGGCCCUUUCUGAUACAUCAGUCAGUGCCGAGUCUCAUGAAGUGUCCAGUGAGUGUGGUGACCAGCACCACAGAGGCUCAAGUCAGGCGAGGGUCAUGGUUUCCCAGGGACAAACCACCCAAGGUGACAGGCCCGGUGCUUCUACCCUGAGCAUUCAGACAGAGAAGUAUAGGCAGGGCACCAGGGCCCAGGAGGCCAGAGGUGAGCCCGAGCUGAGGCUGCCCCUGACUCUAAGCAGUUCUGACUCUCAAGACACACAGGGAAGUGCUCUCCCAGCUCCUGCCACUGCCCCAGCCCAACAGGGGCAGAAAAAGCAGAAGAGGCCAGCUGGUAUUGUGUGUUUGCCCAGUGUCUCUGUCCCUUACCAAGACGCUCAGAAAGGCCAUGCCAGUCGGUGUCAUUAUUGUAGGGACACUCAACCCUCACUGGACACGGCCUUGCAAAUGACAGCGUCUCAGGAAGGAGAACAGGCUUGCCCAGGAGGCCCAGCACCUCGAUUUCCUCCAAACUCACCCAGUGCUGGGAAUCAGGCCUCUGGGCAUCUUAGAUCACCAUUGUCUAGGUCUCUUGACUUUCAGGACCCACAGGCCACCAGCAAAGCCACCAUCAUACCCACCAACUCCGCCUGUGCUUCCAGCUUGUACCAUCCUAGCACCUGCUCUGCAGAGCCAGCAGGGGACACCGAGUGCCAAGCUCACCCUCCAGAUCCCACGCCUGCCCACAGAGAAGAGGUUGGUUGCCUGUGGGAAGAGGCAGGGACCACUGCUGAGCCUUCCUCAUCCUCUGUUUUGCUGGACAGAUGGCCUGAGGCAGAAGAUCCGGGAACCCACCAAGAUUGCUGCUGUUUACAGGUUGGGGCAUCCUCUGUCCUCACAGCCCGCAGCGGUCAAACACAAGCCCCCAUAUCUGAGGCCUGCUGGGGGGCCAGCAGCUUCUGCCCAACUCCCCCCCAGGAGCAAACAUGUUCCAGAAAGGAUCCUAUAAGCAGCAGUGGCCCCAGCAGUGACCACAGUCAAGCUGAUGGCCAUGCUGAGCCCAGGAGGUCUCUGCUGGGGAAGUCUCCUGGUGUCAGGGGAAGCCUUGAGGAGCAGGAAGGGGAUGGUGGUAUGGUACCCAGUGCUCUGCCCUACACCUCUCCAGACGCUACGGUUCGUGAGUGGCUAAGCAACAUCCCAGAAAAGCCGGUACUCGUGACAUGUGAGAUGGAAGGUGAGACCACAGAGGUGGCCAGCGAUGGCCCAGAAAGUCCUGAGGAGGACCUUGGUGAUGACUGUUCUCUGAAAGGCCCCAGGGAACUGGCUCAGGCCAGACAGCAGCUGCCAGAAGGGGUCACUGAUAAGCAGCCAGAGCCAGAAGGAGGUGACCCCCAUCAUGCUGCAGCAUCAGGUGAAGGAGUCAAGGCCCCCGCAGAAGCAGGAGUAGGAGAAGAGACCACUGUGGACCAUGGUGUGAGCCUAUAUGCGCUCCCCAGCAGGGUCUCCGCCUCCACGCAGAUUAUGAAGGCCCUGCUGGGCUCCAAGCUAGACCGGCCCAGCAGUCUACCGGAGCUCUCCACCACAGUAGCCCAAAGGCUCAGCUACUCUGCUGGGGCCCUCAUUGCCUGCCUUGCCAGGCUCCAUUUCUUUGAUGGUAACAAAGAGUCCCCUAAGUAUAAGGAGAUGUUGAGCAUCUCCCAGACCUUGUGGCCUGGGAAUGAGCUUGGGCAAGGCCAGCUAGACAUUGGCCUCAGGAAGCUCUCUUCACACCAGGCUCUGCUGGGGACUGAGGACUUCACACCCACCUCCUCCUCUGGUGUGGAUGUCAGCAGUGGCUCCGGAGGCUCGGGUGAGGGCAAUGUGCCCUGUGCCAUGGACAAUACCCUGGCUCCCCACGGGGUAGAUUUACCCUCGAAAAUCCCCUCUCAAAGGCCCGAUUCCGGGAACCAGGGGUACCCAGAGGCACUGAGUCAUUCCACAGCCUCAUCUGGCUCCCAGGUGAGGGCUUGUGCCACCAGUGGGGAGGAGUCAGGUAAAAGUGGCAGGAAGCAGACGCGGGGCAACACUCCAGAACAAUCCAUCGAAAGCGCAACGCUGGAAGAGGAGGCGCAAUCAGAAGAGACCGGAGGGAGAGUAAGAGAGAGGCUACAAGAAGAUGGAGUCCGUGGGAAAGGGCUUCCGGAAGAAAGGGCUGAAGUCUGCAGUCAGGAAAUGUUUCCCGCUGAGCUCUCCCCAGAAGACACCAGAGUGUCAAAAGGUGAAGCGGGGAGAGAUGCUGCCUCGGGAGGACUGUGGCCCCUAGCUGGGAGAGAGGAGCCCACCGAGUUCCCUCGCCGUUUCCGUGAGAGCCACUCAAAUGCUAGUGAGGGUCAAAGUCUUCACGCAUUGGAGCUGGGGUUGGAAGGGAAGUCCGGAGAGGCUGCAACGGACUGUGAGCAAGCCUGUGUCAAGACCAGCUCAGGAACCAGGGAGAUGAGCACACCCGUGGCCCACGGGAGAUCUCUGGACCCUGACCCAUUCUGGGUGUCCAAGCUGCUGAAGAAGGUAGAGAAAGACUUCAUGGCUCACCUGGCUCAUGCCACAACUGAACUCCGAGCCCGGUGGAACCUUCAGGACAACAGCCUGCUGGACCAGAUGGUCACUGAGCUGGAGCAGGAUGUGGGCCGACGGCUUCAAGCAAGCACUGUCAGGGAGGUGAGGAAGAUCCAGAGCCGGGCAGGGAGGAUGGUCCCGGAACCCCCGAGGGAAGCCCUCAGAGGUCAGACAUCGCUACAGACAGCCCUGCGCAGGCGUCGCCUUCAAGGCCUGCGAAACUUCUCAGCCUUCCCUGGCCAGGGCGCCCUCUCCCUCACCCUGGAGGAUGGGCCCACUCUCAGCACAGCCUUAGGGACCAGGCCAGGUGUGGGGGCCGUGGGAGAUGAGUUCUGUCCCUGUGAAGUCUGCUUGAAGAAGAAGAUGACCCCUAGAUUCCCAAAGGGUGCCACAGCAGUCUCCAGCGCACCCGUCCGAAAGGCCUUCGACCUACAACAAAUUCUGCAGAGCAAGAAAGGAGGUAGGAAUGGAGAGGCCAUGGAGGAGGCCCCCCAGAAGACAGGGAUGAUGUUGCCUCAGGAGGACCCUCGAGCUGUCCAGGGAACUCUUCGGAAGCAGGGGCUGAGGUUGGCCCUGGGGCCUGGGGCAGAUGAGGAAGAGGAGGGGGAAGGGAGGCAGAGCCAGAGAGGAGAGAAGGACCCUGAGUUCUUGAAAGUAGAAGGAGCUGUUUGCCAUGUGCCAGAAGAGGGUGCAGUCACUGCGGGAGAAGGGGAAAUCCACGUCAGUGCUGCACAAGAAAACCAGCAGUUAGAGGAGAGCGUGCCCGAGGAGGAAAUCCCACACCAGAGCUUUAGAGAUGGAGACCCUCGGGAGGCUUCAGGAAGACAGCGUGAUGAUGGUCACUCUGUGGAGACUCUGGAGGCUUCCAGAGAAAGACAGCCAGAGGCAGAAGGAGGAAAUCAAGAGGAAAAGGAGAACGGCCCUUGGGGCAGUUCAGGAGAGAGCCAGAGCGGGGCAGUUUCUGAAAACAUCAGCCUAGACCGAGAGAGGAGGCUCCACAACCACUACAGAAGGCCAGGCCCCCAGCACCACCACGCAGCACACUCCUCCAGGGCAUCGUCUCUGGGCAACUGCUCACAGGUGUCUCAGAAGGGCUCAGAAGAAGAGUUUCCAAGCAGAGAACUCAAGUGCACCAAAGCCAAGAACAGCGGGGUCAAGCAUGCAGAGAGAGAAGUCACCAGGAUGUACCCAGAGAGUUCCUCUUCUGAACAAGAAGCCCCCUCCAGCCCAAGACCUCCAAAGCAGGGGGAAGAAGUCUGUCAUGGGCAAGAUGAAGGGACAGCUGGAAGCUUGGCUUGUACCCAAGCUGAGGGUAGGGUAGAUGGCUUUGGUCAGGAUGAUUUAGAUUUCUAGACAUCAAAUGAUAGGAUCGCAAUGAGUCUGAGUGUUGCCUGCAUAAAUAUAUUACCCAUGCACCCGGGAGAGGCCCAAGCCACUGGGGAUGUACAAGGAGCAUUGGCAAAGACCAAGGAACUGCUUCCUGCCCUAGAGCUGCAGGCCUAGCUACUCAGGAGGUUAAGGCGGGAGGAUAGGAAGUUCAAGACUGCCUGGGCUAUAGAGCAAGGUCAAAGCCAACUUUGGCAACUUAGUGAGACAUGGUUUCAGGGUCUGGGACUGCAGCCCAGUGGCAGAGUGCUUGCCUAGUGUACAUGUGGCUCCGGGCUCAAUCUUGACAGUAACAGCAAUGAAAAGGACUUGCCAAAGAUAGACCACACCAUGCUGUCCCUAGGAGCUAAACUUCAAGGCCCCUCACUCAGUGUGAAGUGUUAGCUGUGAGCCUGAUAUAUUACCAGAUGUCAGCCAGUUCCUCUGUCUUCACAGCCCAAGAGCGUAGAAGGGUCUGGAAAGACGUGUUGGACCUUCUGUUUGCAUUGGCUUUUGCGAGGGAGUUUCUCUCCCCCCCCCUCUCUCUCUCUUCCUAUUGACCCCCCUGUUACUUCCCCCUUGGUUUCUCUGAGAACACUCACCUCUUUUGACUUUGAGGCACUUUUUUGCUCAUCUGGAAUAUAUGUGGUGACUCUGCAGAUGUGAAAAUACUUGGAAAAAGCAGAUACAUUCAGGGUCAUGGGAUAAAGUCUGUUCUCAGCCCCAAUGUCCUGGGUCCCUUGCCCCACAAUUCAUUCUAUUUGUAAGGGGAAGGGGAAGCAAAGAGCCAGAAGGAAAAGUGACUCCAUCGACCAGUGACUGUAGACAGCUUUGGAAAAGGACUGGACACAAUGCUCUCCAUCAUGCUCUGGAUGUUUCGUGGGGAUUGUUCUCUGUAUAAUAUUUACAUCUGCUUUCCCAAACACUUCAAUA